CGUCAUCACUGUGUUACUUCCUGUCCUGUUUAAUGUCUGCCCUCUGUUUUGGCUUGUAGGCUAACGCAGGACGGGUUUUGUCCGGCUCAGGAUUUGUUGUAAGCCGUCACGUUUUCUGGGAGCUCAGAACUAUGAUAAAUGGCUCGUUUAAGCUGGGAGCUGCUCGUGUUCUGUCUGGCUGGCAGAUGCAGUGCCUAGUGCCCGGCCUCCAGGACAACGGCAACAUGAACGGGACGUCUGAGCAGGCCGACAUCCUGCCGCCAAACUGCAUGGUGAAGGACCGAUGGAAAGUGCUGAAGAAGAUUGGCGGAGGCGGGUUUGGGGAGAUCUACGAGGCUUUAGAUCUGCUGACGCGGGAGAAUGUGGCGCUGAAGGUGGAGUCGGCCCAGCAGCCCAAACAGGUGCUAAAGAUGGAGGUGGCAGUGCUGAAGAAGCUACAGGGUAAGAACCAUGUCUGCAAGUUUAUUGGCUGUGGGAGAAACGAUAAAUUCAACUAUGUAGUGAUGCAGCUUCAGGGCCGUAAUCUGGCAGACCUGCGGAGGAGUCAGCCCAGGGGCACCUUCACCAUGAGCACCACCCUGCGGCUUGGCAAGCAGAUCCUGGAGUCCAUCGAGGCCAUUCACUCUGUGGGCUUCCUGCACCGUGACAUCAAACGUGGCCAGAAAGGGUCUGCAGGUCAUCCUAAAAAUGUCUUUAGUCAGGUGAACAUCAUCACAUGUGGACAGCAGAACAUGUUCACUCUGUGGCAGACAUGUGGACAGUGUGCAGCACAGGGGCCGCACAGGGCACAGUGCUCUCUCUUCCUCUUCACACUGUACACACCAGACUUCAGCUACAGCACGGACAGUUGUCACCUCCAGAAGUUUUCCAAUGACACAGCCAUCGUUGGACAUGUGUCUGAGGGAAACAAUCUGGAGUACAGGAAGGUCAUCACCAACUUUGUGGACUGUGGGGGCCUGAAAUAGACCCGACCCACGGCCGCCAUGGUGGGAGCCAUCGUUACACCGAUUCCUGGAGAUCUUCAGCGGGAGAACACCGAUGACGUUCUGCAGGAUGAACAUCUGAGUGACCAGGAGAACGCCCCGCCGGCUCCGCCCAGCCGAUCUCCAGGCGACCCGGGAAUCCAGAAUCUGGGGGAUCCCGCAGAAGCCUGGGAGGACACGGACUUUAAUCGAAACAGACUCAGGAUCAGCCUGAACAAGGGCGCUCAGGAGGAAGAGCCCAGGCAGGGAGCGUGUCCAGUGUCACCAGUGCGAGGCGGAGCCCAGGAAUCACCGUCAGGCCAGGGUCGGUCGUUGCGAUAUCGCUGUGUGAACAGCCCAGAAUCCGACCGUCUGUCUGCCGCCGAGUGUCGGGCCGAAGUCUACGGACAGAGGUCCCGGAUGGACAUUCUUGGCUCCCCCUCCCGCCUCGUCUACUCCUCCCAACCAGCUCAGAUGUUGUCUGUCGAUCCUGUUUUUCGUGGCGACCGUCAAGCAAGUGGGCGCCAGGAGGUGUCUGUGGCAUCGGUGGACCAGGAGGCACACAGCAACGCCUUCAUCCGCUCAGUCCCGCUGGCGGAGGAGGAGGACUUUGACAGCAAAGAGUGGGUGAUCAUCGACAAAGAGACCGAGCUGCGAGACUUCCAGCCAACCACCUCAGGAACCACUGAUGAGGAGCCUGAGGAGCUCCGCCCCCUGGAGGAGCAGGAGGAGAGGAGGAGGCUCAGAGCCGGAGGAGGCGAGCUCGUGGUUCGACCAAAGACCCACGCCCGGGACGGCACUCGAGGGAUGCUAACACUAGCAGAAGAGGAGGCGUCCAGGAGGAGUGGUUGUAGCCCCGCCCAGUCACCAUGUCACUCCCUCCCGUCAGGACGCCCCCGCCGGCGAGAGUCUGAGCCAAUCGGACCUCAGAGACCGCUGGAGGAAGACAGACACCAACCACGUCCCAAUCAGCUGAGGAGGCUGGCCUCCUACGUCUUCUCCUCGUCCACGCUGGAGACGGAGCAAUACCCCCACGGAGGGAGCAGUUUCAUCCAGAGAAGCCGCUCAGCGGAGAGCAGCCCCGCCCACGUCGCCGUGGCCUCCGCCUCGCUCCGGCGGCGGCACACCGGCACGCUGCCGACACCGGGCAGCCCAAGGACCAGACACUCUGUGCUGAACGUCUCACGGACCCAGCUGCAGCAGAUGUUGGCCAAGCUCAUGAACAAGAACAGCAUCGAUGGAACAGUUCUUGGGGUUGUCCUUCAGGAGGUGGUUGUCAGGUUUCUUAUGCCCUUCUCUGGCCCGUUUUACUUCCCUCAGCUGGGAGUCGUCCGUCCUGACAGCGUGACCCGCCCACUGAAGCUGGUUCUUGAUGAUGUCACUCGAUGCCCUGGAGGUCUGGAUCCGAAGCUGGAUCAGGGUCUGGAUCCGAAGCUGGAUCAGGGUCUGGACCUGAGGCUGGAUCAGGGUCUGGAUCCAAAGCUGGAUCAGGGUCUGGAUCCAAAGCUGGAUCAGGGUCUGGAUCCAAAGCUGGAUCAGGGUCUGGACCUGAGGCUGGAUCAGGGUCUGGAUCCGAGGCUGGAUCAGGGUCUGGAUCCAAAGCUGGAUCAGGGUCUGGAUCCAAAGCUGGAUCAGGGUCUGGACCUGAGGGUGGAUCAGAGUCUGGACCUGAGGCUGGAUCAGGGUCUGGACCUGAGGCUGGAUCAGGGUCUGGAUCCAAAGCUGGAUCAGGGUCUGGACCUGAGGCUGGAUCAGGGUCUGGAUCCAAAGCUGGAUCAGGGUCUGGAUCCAAAGCUGGAUCAGGGUCUGGAUCCAAAGCUGGAUCAGGGUCUGGACCUGAGGCUGGUGGUUCACUCGACUUAUGUAUCCAUGGGUUCUGCUGCUUAUCACGGUCCUACUUGUGGUAGUAACGGCUUUAUGAAGCUCACCACAUCCUCCAGCUCCUCCUGGCAGGCUGAGAAGGUAUGGGCUUCUGGAGGAUCUCCUGCCAGUGUUCUGGUCUUGAACCGUGAUACUUUUUUGUCUUGUUUCCAGGUGUUGUCGCCCACUGAGCAGAGCGUCCCAUCACCAACCUCUCCAGAUUACCGAACGAAGGCUCAGAGUGAUGAGAAGGAGCAUUUUCAUAUCCUUCCCCAGCUUCAGGCAAAAAGGGCUGACUUCCUCACCGUCAUGCUGACUGGCACCUUGCCUCAACGCCGAAGCUUCACCACACCAGAUGAAGAUGUCCCAGAACCACUUGGCCCAAGAGAUGAUGAUGUCACCAAGAGCGAGUCCAAUAGUGAAGCUAGUCAGAAGACCACUGAACGCAGUCAGGAUGCAGCACCGUCCACACUUAUGGCUGAGGACCAAAAGGUCCAAAGGGAACACAUCUCAGCUGGGGAUGGAGACCCUGAUUUGGAGGAUGCCUCAAAGACCCUAGUCUUGUUCUCUCCUGGAGACACCCGCAAGUCUCCCUCUGGUGGUGACCAUGUUCUAGAAGGCGAGCUGGCCACACCGUCGGCCUUGACCCCACGGAAUGAGCAUCUAAUGAUUGGCGAGGCCACUCCUGAACUGUCAGACACUGGCCGCUUGUCUCCAGCUCUUAGGUCAGACUUAAGGCCGUCCACUCCCAUUGCUCCUGCAUCACCACCUUUCACCAAAGUUGAGCGCACAUUCAUCCAUAUUGCAGAGACAUCACACCUCAAUGUCAUGUCUUCCAACGGUCACUCUGCCAAGGAGAGUGACCUUGAAAUUUUGGCCAUCACCAGAGAGCUUGCUGUUGCAGAAAUGGUUCAUAAGGAGGAAGGACUGCCAGUGGAAGAAAAGACUCCAGUAACAAAGUCUUUGUCAGACCAGAUUCUACCAACUGACAAACACCCCAAAACUGAGAAUGGCCUGUCAGUUGUCAUAUCCCAGUCUUUGGAACCUGUUCCAGAAGACAUGUCAUCUGUUCGUGACAGUGGAGAUCUGUACCAGGAACCCAGACAUCAGCUGUCAUCAAGUGAGCAAUCUGCCAAGCCUCAGACAGCCACACCAGACCGACAGAUCAUCAUAAAACCCAGGACCCGAAGCCGCAUUCCUGUGCUGAUCUCUGAAGAAGACUUGCACUCCGAGCAGUACUCCAGCAUCUCAGCUCAGGUCCGACUUCAGCAGCGGGCCAGGCAACUGGACUUGGCCCGCAUACUGGUUCAGAAGCAGCAGGACCGCUGGAUGAGAAGGAGGAUGCUCUCUGGAACAUCAUCAUCAUUGUCUUCUGGAGACAAUGCGCACCGGAGGGCUUCAGAAACUCUGUCCACCACUGGCUCAGAGGAAGACACGCAUGUCUCAGAGGAGACUACAGCCAGAAGGAGCUGCAGCCUCAAACCGACUGAAGAACAAGUCUCCAAGGAGUGCAGGAGCAGGAUCCCUAGGCCAAUCACCCCGUUAGCAAGACCUUCAUUGGAGCUUGCUGCUACUGUUCCUUGUCCUCUCUCUUUGCCAGACUCGAGCAUGACCAGCGUGCCGUCAUCUACAAAUAAGGGGUACGCUAAAGGAAACACUAGCUCAAGCAUGACCAGAGCGCCAUCAUCCACCAAUAAGGGCCAACAGAAAAGUGGACUCGGCGCUGUGAACCUGCAGCAGAAACCCGACCCGGUCUCUUCCAGGUCCUCCUGUCCCCAUCCCUCCUCUGUCCAGGCCCAAAGCGGAAGUCCUCGCUUGCCCCUCAGAGUCCUGUUCAAAACCCAGCGCAGCCUCAGCUCCACCCACAGCAGGACUGAUAGCCCCUCCCCUCAGAGAUCGUGUCCAUCCCGUCAGUCGCUCUCAGUUCGAGCCCCAACCCUCCCCCUGCUACCGGCCAGGACUACAGCGCUCAUGCGGCGCAGCGCCUCACAGGAAGCUGCCAUCCGGCUGUCCAAUGGCAUCGCGCCUGCAAAGACCAGGUCAAGAACAGCCGGGCCAACCACGAAGGGCAAGUCCAGUACCCGGGAGAAGGUUCUGCCUGCUAGAUAAUACAAAGACAUGCGCACAGAAAAUCCGAAGUCUUACGCCUCAUCAUGUUCACCUUUAACCUUCCUUGAUUCCCAUCACGGAUACAGACUCCGGCUGACAGAACUCUGCUCACGGGCUUCUAGGAAUCCUGAUCAGUCUGGCUGUUUGGAGCUAACGUCCCCCCUCACAGGACCCCAAACACUCACUGCAUGGACAACUAUACUGCAAAUACUGCAUCUGGAUCUGGAUUGAAAUCUAUACCUUAAAAAUGAUGGAUGUUAUUCCGGCACAGGACACGAACCAAGGACCAGAGCUGGAUGUCAGAGGUUCAUGACGUUUUUGACUUUGUGGUUAAUUUGGGGUCAGGGUCGUAUUUUUUUUUAUUUUUUCAGGUUGUAUAUUG